UCUUUAGUCCUUAUUUUUGUCGUAUUAAUGUAAAAAAGUGCUUAUUCGUGGUCACGUAACGGAAGGAAGAUAGCUAUGGAAUUGUGCCAGCGGCUAUGUCCCUGUCAUAUAUUUAGAAAGUUUGAGAUGAAAAUGCAAAGUCGCGCUCUUAGUUUCCGGAGUCACCAUUGCAGAUGGAAUGAACAUAAGCCUUUUCUCCGCUAGCAUAAUCCGCCUUUCGUGUGAAUAACAGAAAACUGAUCGUACGAUUUGUUUAUAGUACUGUAAGAACGAGCGUCCUUCGUCCAACUUCUGUUAAAACAAUUUUAUCGCGUACAGUGUCAUUACUUGAUGAUGACAACUUGUACUCACCCUUUUGUCGUUAUCCAGAAUUUAAUUUCACUUCCGGAGAAAUGCCGUAAACAAUACAAAGAAUGUAGACAACAUCGCCUAGAAACAAAUCUGUGUGUCUAAUUAAGUCAUAUGUUCUACUUCUGCCACACUUCUCAUCACACCCAGGAUCAUAUUGAAAGCUAAAUCUAUAUACUCACACUACUUGACUUAACACAUUUAACUUUACUCAUACAAUCAUUAGUGUUCAUCCUCAGAGCCACUAUCUGGAUACAUGACUACAAUGGAACAAAGUAGGUGCAGAAGUGUUCUUGAGGCCCAUAUGAAAGAACCAUAGUCAACGUAUCACAAUCAUUCGUGAACAAAGUGGCAGGCCUGUCAGUGCUAAUAAUUUAUGCAUUCUUUGGUGCUAUGCCAAGUAUUAGGUGGAGGAUCAGGAUUUGUUGGCUCAGCACUAACGUCCUUGCUUCGAGCUAAAGGUUACUCUGUUACUAUAAUAUCACGAAUGCCAGGCCCACAGCGAAUGUCAUGGGGUGAUUUGGAGAAAAGUGGUCUUCCUGAUAAUACAACAGCAGUUGUGAAUUUAGCAGGGCAAAAUGUUCUAGACCCCACAAGGAGAUGGACACCUGGAUUUAAGCAGAAUGUUUGGUCAAGUCGUGUAAAUACUACACAGUCUUUAGCACAUUCAAUAACAAAAUCUGCCAACAAACCUAAAGUUUUUGUUACAAUAUCUGGUGUAGGUAUUUAUAAACCAAGUCCAUCAGAGGAAUACGAUGAAGAGAGUAGCGUAAAAAGCUUUGAUUUUUUGUCAGAAUUAUGUCACGAAUGGGAAGCUGCCGCAAAACUGCCAGCAGAUUCAGGUGUUCGUCAAACCAUAGUGAGAUCAGGUGUUGUCCUGGGAAGAAAUGGUGGAAUGAUAAAGCAGCUUUAUCUUCCAUUCUACCUGGGUUUAGGUGGACCUGUUGGUUCAGGAUCACAGUUCAUGCCAUGGAUUCAUAUUCAUGACUUAACAAAUCUACUUCUUUAUGCAAUUGAAAAUCCGCAGGUGACUGGAGUACUAAAUGGUGUUGCCCCACAGGUUGUCACAAACAAGGAAUUCACACAAGCCUUUGCUAGAGCACUGUGGCGGCCAGCUUUCAUCCCACUGCCAGAAAUGGUUUUGAAUUUGGCCUUCAGUGAAGACAGAGCAAAGAUGAUUACAGAGGGACAAAAGGUUAUUCCUAAACGAACCCUGUCCUAUGGGUUCCAGUAUAAAUUUCCUGACAUUGAGUCAGCUUGUAAAGAUAUUGUGAGCUCAAAAUAAUUUUGAAAAUGAAUGUCAAUUAAGUUAUUAGACUGGCUGUAAUUAAAAGUGUCGUUUCCAACAUGUA